AUGGCUUCCAUUACCAUUAUUGGCCCAUUCAAUAUAACUUGCAGUUCACAUCAUGUCACCAAGAAACAGCAGCCUCAAUCAGCACGGGCGCGCUCUUUGGGGCCAAAGCAUGCGACUUAUGUUGUUACUCCGGAUCUUGAGGGCCAAAAAGGUUUUAACAUGGCAGAACAGCAUUUGAAGUCUCCUUUGCACAUUGAUAAAUCAAAGAAUGCGAAAGAUGAAGUGGAGAAUGGAAUAGAACUAGAACAUUCUGCACCGAGAUUUACAGAUGAGCGAUGGAAGCAUCGGACAUGGGAUCUAAACAUGUUUGUUAAGGAUGGGAAGAUGGACUGGGGUGAAGUGAUUGUUGCAGAAGCAAGGAGAAGGAAGUUUCUUGAAUUGUAUCCAGAAGCAUCAACAAACGAAGAACCAGUGCUAUUCCGGACUUCUAUCAUUCCUUGGUGGGCAUGGCUGAGUAGAUCUCAUCUCCCAGAAUCCGAGCUCCUCAAUGGUCGAGCUGCAAUGGUAGGGUUCUUCAUUGCAUACUUAGUAGAUGCAUUGACAGGGCUCGAUGUAGUAGGCCAAACGGAAAAUUUCAUAUGCAAGGCCGGACUCUUAGUGACGGUCAUCGGCGUGAUGCUCUUCAGGCGAACCCAAGACUUUGAGAAUCUGAAAAGGCUAGCCGAUGAGGCCACCUUCUAUGACAAGCAAUGGCCAGCAUCGUGGCAAGACAACAAAAGUGCAGCCACCGGUGCUUCGAAGCAAACUGGAAAGAACUCUUAG